GAUCUUGCCCGCAUCCUUCGCCAGUCAUUGACGCCCACACCCCUACAUCACACGGAACCGGUCCAAGUGACAAGAAAACAAAAUGCUACACCCCUACCCACACCACCCACAGCCUGGGCUGCAACUCGCGUGUGCACGUACAGCCCUCUGGCUGUUGCCGUUGGAAGCCAUCCCCUUCGGGUCAGGGGUGUGUGGGCAAAAUGCAAACCAACACUGUCGGUUGAGCGAGAUCUGUGAUCCGGUCCCAGCCGUCCCACCUACCAUCCUUUUGGAAAGCGGCUUGUCAUUCGAUUCGAUUCGAUAUUCUCACACCAUCCUGGCGCACGCCCCGUUUGUCUUCCCUCCAGGAUGGUUGCAAACAAUCAACGUUCCGUUUCGUACCUUGAGCUGCUGCUCAACAUUGUCGAGUAUGGGCAGGUACGCAGACGGCAGGGCACACCCAGACACAUCUCGCAUACGUACUGACCGGGGACGUAGCUUUUCUCGUCUGGGGAGCACCAGACAGACCUGCGGCCGACUGACGGAUCAAAGCAACAGCAAACAUAUGAUUCGGUCUUUUGCGCGUCUUGCGACGAUGUCCACUUUGAAGCGGGCUUUCCUACAAGUACGUACCCGCAACCUACCCACUAUGUAUGUACCGUAUGCCCGGCCGCGAUCUAGCCUGUGCAUCGUACCCACGGUUUUGGACAACCUGAGCGGUACGUCCUUAGUCUAGCACCAGGGGCUUUCCUUGAGCGGAACCACCUCCGUGGUCUUCUCGAAGUUCCUUGUGCUUUUAGUACCAUACG